AUGUCCCGAAGACUAGACAACGACCCCUCCUCUAGCCACCAGCCAGUCCCCGUAGGAGGCGGCCACGAUCAUCAAGGCCCGUCUGGUAAUCAAAGCAAUCCAACGAACGCGACCAGACUUGCCUAUUACCGGUCCAACACGAGCAAGCUGCUCGAGUUCCUCAAGCAGAGCGACCAGGACUCGCUCGAUCGCUUCAUCUCCGUUGUCCGCUCGGGCGCCUCGCACGACGAUAUCUUCGCCACUAUCGAGCAACUCUCCCCUGAUUCUGGCGAGCAGAAUAUCCAGCGGAACGGUCAGUCCAGAUAG